GUGACUCAGGAUAGGCUUAAUCGCGGAUUGGUAUCUGGAGUCCUUCCAUUUUUAGCUAAAAUGACAUGAAAAUGCAUGAAGAUGAUGAAAGUAAUUGAUGAAGUUGGUGGCUCGGAUGAAGGUGAAUUAGAGGAUGGUGAAAUAGAAGAAGAAGAAGGACAAAUAACAUCUAAUAAUCCGGAUGAACUGAGCGUCAGUGAAGUCGAUUUUGUUCCGUCUACCGUAACGCAAACGGCAAAGUCAAAGUCAAACGACAGCAAAAAUGCACCUGACGAUACCAACAGAGGAAAAGACAAGCAUUCCCCGAAAUUACCAGCAAGUCAUAGAAGGAAGUCUCUACCUGAACGUUAUAAGAUCAAGGAAACUCGGACCACGAAGCGUACUAAAUCAACGAGUCCGAAAAGGGAUGAACGAGAGCGAAAACAGAGCGAAUCUUUAACUAGUUCCAGCGGGAAGACUCGGGCGCAGAGACGAGCGAGUGAGGCCUUGAAGCGCGCCAGCAGAAGACGAGAUCGCGACCGUGAAUCUCCGGGGAGGAGAACCAGCCGAAAGUCGUCAAGAGGAAGAUCUAGGUCACCUGUGAUCAGACACCAAAGGUCAUACAGGUCAUUGACCCAUGAACCUGAGGUAGCCGAAUAUGAACGGCUUCUUCGAGAUCAUCGCAGCAUCCAGAACCGGAUCAAGGAGGAAAAGAGGCGGCUCUCUGGAGGUUCCCAUAGCAACAAGUCUACACAUGGAUCCGACAGAGGGCAGGGCUCGCAAUCGAAGAGUCGUGGAAGAUCAAAAGAAAAGUCGGCAGAAAAAGUGACAAAAAAAAAACGUGAUGAGGAUAAUGAAGACGAGGAGAUGAUGCUCCUUCAACUGAGGAAAAAUGCCUUGGCCUCGCUGGCAAAAGAAGAGAAAGGAAAGGAGAAGACCGACAUGGGAGCAGAAGUGAAUGACGAGAAACUGAAGGACAAGGAUGAAGAAGGGAAGAUGAGUGAAAAGAGAGGAGAGAUUCAGAUUGAAGGUGACUCACAGAUUUCAGUUGGUGGAAAUGGUGUCUUCUCUCAACAAGAAAUUCAGGCAGGCAGUAAACAGAUUGACAGUUCUGAUGAUAACUACCAAGCUCAUAAUACAGAAGCUUUGGAAGCUACCAUCUUGCCAGCAAUAGGGGAGCAAGAAACCUCCAUAUCUGAUGGACAGUACGAUAACUACGAAGAGGUGGAAAUGGAAGUAGAUGACGAAGAAGAAGAAAAGGAAAAUCUUCCAAAGCCUGGCAUUCAAGAAGCAGUAGACAAUGCAAAUAAGGAACCUAAAGGAGCUGUGGUUGAGAUUAUCAAAGAUGAAGGUGAGGCUGAAGAGAAUCAGCUGAGAGCUCAACUCCUGAAAUCUCUGCUCACCAAGCGAGCCGCAAAAGCACAAUCAGAAAAGAUCAAUGCCAGUACUGGAAGCACACCCAGCAAGCCCUUAUCCCCAGCCACACCCCCUCUCUCAUCUGCCCCCUCCCCUCUAUCCGCUGCCCCCUCCCCACCACCUUCCUCAAACCAGCCCCCUCGCACCUCCACCCCGCCCCCUCAUCCCUCGACUCCGCCCACCUUGUCCAGGUCGUCCUCCCCUGUCACCACAAGGCUUCAGCAACAGGGUUCCUCAUUGGCUGGUCAGGUGCCAAGCAGAGCAAAGCCACCAGUGGCACCAGUGCAUCUGCCUGUGGUGAUCAAUCUAGAGGAAGACUCUGAUGAGAGCGAAGAUGAGUCGUCGUUGUUGUCAACCUCCGUUCCUUUCAUGGGACAGCUAGAUUCCUUCCUAAAAGAAUUUAGGAUGUCUUCCAAUACCCAGAAUACUAAGACCAACAACCAAAAGACAACAGGGAAGCAUCAAGCUCGGUCAACUUCAAAAUCAGUCCGAGUCCCCAAGACCCCCGAUGCCAUGAAGAUUGCCUCCACACCAACUCGGCAAGAGUACCACCGACUCAGAGAGGAGAUCGCAAGAAGGGAGCUGACCAGAACGACAGCCUCAAAGCCCCAGAAGGGGAGAUCGGAAAAGCAUGAGCGAAAGACGCACAAGCAUGCGGUUGGUGGAAGACACAAAGAAUUGGGAGAUGAGGGUGAUGAUGCCUCAGGGCGUGGGGGGAGUAGACAACCGGUAGCUGGUAGCGAGAUGGAGCACGGCAGGCGAGAGAUGCAGGUCACGAUCACUGGACAUAAUGAGAGACAGAUUCUGAAGAGCACUGGCAUGCCCAAAGCUGACCAAGCGAGGGGGAUGCAGGAAGCUGCUGCUGGCAGUGGCACCACCAAGGUACGCCUCUCGCAAGGUACUAUCAACCCCACCACUCGCCUCACAAGCGAGACAGAUUUCAAAAGGACUAUGAGUUCUUUAGAAGCAGAAUUAUCAAGGGAACUCAGUGCCAUUAGAGAAUUGACUAGUACAGCAAAUGUUACCAUGGAAACGCAUCGUCCUUCCUCGACAGGUGCGGAUGCUGGAAGCAGGAUGGUGGAGGAAAACCUAGAUAUUGAAAGAGAAAGAAGGAAACAGGAGUGGGUGGCGAAAAGAAGAGCUGAAACGGAGAAGCGAAUCCGAGAGGAACUGAAGAUGGCCGAGAUGGAGAAACAGAGAGAAGAACUGAAGAAGGCAGAGAUGGAGAGACAGAGAGAAGAACUGAAGAAGGCAGAGAUGGAGAGACAGAGAGAAGAGCUGGCAAAGAUGAAGAUGGAGAGACAGAAGCAGGAAGAGGAGAUUCUGAGAAGAAAAGCAGAGAUGCGGAAAAAGAAGUUGGAGGAGAUAGAGAACAAGAGGAGGCAGGUCUUGGGGUGGGAGAGAAGAAGAAAUGAAUAUAGUGUACUCUUGAAGAAAGAUAAAGGCCUGAUCAUGAACCAAGAGCAACAGAUUACUAAAAGACGGAAGAACAUCAGCGUAGCCAAGGUGCAGUUAGAACGUCUCAGGGAACAGGUGGCAGCCCUGGAGAAAGCGCAGGGUGUGAACCAGACCCACAUGCUCAAGCAUAUCAGACAGAAAACAGCUUUGGAAGCGAGGUUGACCAAAAACCUGGAAUUAGACAACCACGCCCGCUCCCAUCUUGCCAAACUGAGGGGCGUGGCCCUCUCAGAAAUCACCCCAUCGGAGUAUCGUUCCACACUGCCUAGGUCAAUCAACCAGGUCGCACCCUCUGUGUCGGGAGAGAAAAGGAGAAUUGAAGCACCAGACUCGAGCAGUUUGGACAUCAAGAAAGCAAGGACAGCUGGCCAGACUGCCGAUCUCAAGAAACUCCAGGACAUGGAACGCCACCUAGCGGAGAAGAUUCGCCAGUUCAGAGAGGCGGAGGCGAAGAAAGCUCUCGUAGGCGUCACAGCAAAAUCUGUCAUCCCAGAAAGCAAAGCAAAACUAGUCAGGCAACUUUCCGGUCCCAAACCCUCUGCAAAGAUUUACACAAAAGAUGUGAUUAAACUUAGUUCUGAGGCAACAGCUCCUGUCGACAGUGAGUUGGAAGAGGUCAAAGUGGAAGGGUCAAGUGUCAAAGGUCAAGAAAGGAGGAAAUCUUGGCUGGAUGCGAACCCCACGCUUACACCAAACAUCAAAAGCCGCUCAAGCUCGAAGGCUUCCACCCCCACCACCCCAUGCAUAGCUGCCCUUGGUAAGAUGAAGGCAAAGUUCAAGUUGGAAGGUCAAAGGUCGGGUCAAAGUUCACUGACAGACACUUCAUUGGAGAGUGACCUCCUGCAGUGGAUAGAGUCAUCAGAACGAACAGGCAGCCCAGUACCCGUCACUGUGAACACUCCGAAAAACUUACCUCUGUUCGGUCGGAAGGCCCUGAAGUCAGGGUACCUGAGCCGUAUCAGGAAAGAGCAGAAGGAAGCGGAAAAGAAGGGGCCAGAUUUCUUGUCCUUAGAUUUCAAUCAAAGACUGCCCUCUAUGGAAGCAACAGGGCAAGAGUGCUUCCGUGUAGACUGGUGUAAAGACACAAGUAGAGAACAGCAGGCUAGUGUGGAAGGUGUAGAAGCAGUGAAAGAUGAAGUAGAGAAUGCAUCACCAGUCCAGGCUGACUCUCAUGGCCUUGUGGCUUACAGAAGUUCCUUACUGCCCUUCAAAGCUUUCAGGCUAAGCCCCUUGUUCCGACUCAAGGCAGGGUAUUCCGUCCAAUCACUUAGCUUCACAAACAAGCUUGAUGCCAGCAGGCCGCUCUGCCUGUACGAGCUUAAGGGAACGUGCAAUGAUGAUGACUGUGUUUGGCAACACGAGAGAGACUACACCAUGUCCUCUCGUGAGAUGCUGACUGAUCUCCUGUCCUACAAUGCUGUCAGCAGCAAAGCUCAAGGCAAGGAUGACAUCGCAAUGAAGAACGUCCCUGCCAGCCCGGUCCGUCACAAACAAGCUUCCAGCGAGAAAGACAAACUCAAUGCUUGCAUUGAGAAAGUCCUAGGAGGAAAUGAUAAAGGAGUUGUAUCUCGCCUAAUCUCUUGCCCUCGCAAAUGGCGCCCAAGGCCUCGCCCCCGCUCCCAGCGUCUCUCCAUGGGCGAAGACGACGCCCUGACGGAAAUCCUCCCCCUCCGUCCUCCAAAGUAUCCCAAGUCAUCCGCUUCCACAGUGAUUCGAAAAGAAGCAAUCCAGAACGCGGAGGAAGAGGCGAGGUACUUCGGUGGUGGUCGGGGGGAAAAGGUUGUUGACCUGGGAAAGGUCAGGGUUCAUGACCUUGACCUUGGAAGGUUAAGGGUUCAUGACCUUGAGGCUGCUGUUCUGGAGAAGCCAGGGAAUGUGGCGCUUUGGCUCAGUCUGGCAAGGAGCCUGCUACAGGAGGAGUCAAGUGUGGAUAGAGCAUUGAAUGCCUUAUCGAGAGGUCUGGAGUUGAACUGCAGCUCAGCCCCUCUCUGGCUCCAGUACCUCACUGUGUACAAGGAGAGAGCUGAGAGGGAAGACUAUGUGGAGAUGUGCCUCAAGGCGACUGAGUUGGCCCCGUGCUAUUCAACAUGGUGGAUGUUAUUAGAGGCAGAAUAUUCAGUACUAACCAAACUAGAAACCUGCAAGAAAAUCCUCAACUUCCUGAAGAACUCCAACAGCACCACCACCACCAAGGCGCUCCGCAAUGUAGAACAAGCUGAAAGCUGCGUCACAGGAGAAAACAAGGAUAUUGAAUGUGGCAAAAACGCUGAGAGUUCAAGGACUUUGGAUGACAUAAAGGGAUUAACUUCUAGUAGUGCUGUGUCACAAAGUGUGGAUAGAACUACCAAUGUGAAUGUCCAUGGAGAAACUGCCAUUGUUGCCAUGGAGACGGAAGAUAACACAUCAGCAGCUGAUAGGACGUUGGAAAGAGAAGGAAGGGCAAGCGGGGAGGAGAAUGGUGAUGAGGGAGAGAGGAAGGUGGAUGUGGAUUUGAGGCGUAGAGCGAGUGCUGGAGAAGAAGACGGAGAGAGAUUGGACGAUGUGAAAGGUCAUGUGGUGAACAGGGAGAAGGUAUCCCAUCAGGUUUUGGAGAUCCUGUUGUACCAGGCUCAGCUUCACAUCAGCAUCGGGCACAAAGAUGAUGCCAUCAAGGAUCUGAAGAGUGCUCUUAGUAUACCUGACCAAUCAGAGGACAGGGAUGCAUUCUGCUCCAUCAUGAUGACCUUUGACCUCUUCCUUGGCUGGCUGAGCCUCAUGCAUAUUCAUGCCACUGGUAGUCUUCCAUCUAGUCUCUAUGACCCAGCUGCUAAACUUCCAAGCAAAAUUGUCAAGAAGGAUCUGUUUUCCAUUUCGUGGAAGGUCAACGCAAGUGACCUUGACAAGCAGGAUGUGGAUGACCUCUGGGAGGGGGCAACCAAGGCGUGCUCAGAGGGGAGACCCCCCUCAGAACAACUAGAUUCUAACGUGGUGGAGCUGUACAACAUUGAGCUCGAAGAGCAACUGGGCAGUGGCGAGUGGGUUGAUCAGCUCUGCAAGCUUGACAUGGGUCAAUGCAGACCGUCCAAGGAAGGGGAGGAGCUGUACUGCCGCUGUAUCGAAGCACUCCAUAGGAGAGACAUGAAACCUGUUGAUGUUUUAAUGCAUGUAGAGAUGGGUGUGAGCCAGCUGCCCUUCUCCUGUCGCUUGCGCUUCAUGGAGGCCCAGCUCCGUCUUCUCUACAGGAUCGGUGACCCCAGGUCAUCCCUCAGGGAGUGCAUCGUCAACUUCUACCAGCUUCCAGUCGACGAGACCUCACCGGAUGACUUCCUGCUCCAGCUGUACAGGCAUCAACUGAAGUUACCUAUGCCCCUGGACUUCAAACCCCCACCCUCAUCCCCAGGAGCUCCCACACAGCUCAGAGAUGACAGCAAGACAUACAUGUGGCUCUGUUACAUCAUGCUGACCCUCAGCAUCCUCGGGGAGAAUUUGGCAUGCGAAGCAUUCGAGAGUGCCCUUGUGUUGGUUCAAGGCAGGAAGGAUUUGGAGUUGAUCUGGAUUGAAUAUAUACGCUUCGUCGCUCGCCAGACCAAAACGACAUCCCGCGACUCCCUUCCCUCGCUCACAAAGCUCGUUCACAGAUGCUUGGUUUCCACGGCAACCCGGUAUCCUCGUCCUUUCGACCGAUCAGGGGAGAUGUGGAAUGACUUCUCCUUUCACAAUCGAGUGAUCGCUGUGUACAUUGAGCAGGUGGGGGUUGGAGAGCGGAUGGAGGAGUAUGAGAAGCUUCAGCUGCAGAUGCCGGAUAAUGUUGAUCUUGCUUACAGAGCUUGCCAGUAUGCAGUUGACAAUGGUUUCUCACAGCUUGGUCUUCAGAUAGCCUAUUCCACACUGCACAGAUCUCCUGACUGCAUCGUCUUCUGGAAAAUAGUAAUUUCAUUGGCCCUUCAAAGUCAGCGCUUGAAAGAGGUACACUCCUUGUACGAGCAAGCAGUACUAUACCACCACACAGUUUCCGCUCUAUGGAAAGACUACAUUGCCUUCGUGAUCGCUCACGACGUCGACGACGAGACGAAGCUCCGGGAUCUUCUUCAGCGAUGUCAGGAGAUUGGGUUCCAGCAGUCCGAUGUCCUGCCUGGAGCGCCCAUAACGUGACACCACAGGUAAAUGAAAUGCACAGGCACAGGGAUAUCAUCACCUGACGGCCAAGUACUACUCUUGAGGAUCUUCAUUUGCACGGACAACUGCUGCAGAAAUCGCUGUUCCUGCCCGUCACGGCUCGGUCUGCCGACGCUCGUUUGUGAUUGGACGCAAGGAAGGCGAUAGUCGACCAAUCACCAGCCUGGAACAGUGGGUAGUGUAAGUAUGAGUGUUGCACAAACCAUCCCUUGACAAAGCAUCUUGCUCAUUUACUUCUAUGAACCUGAAAAGUACUUCUCAAUCCUUUCUUCAAGCCAGAAGGAAAUUUCUGUGUUUCUUUUUCAUUGAAACAUUUGUUACGAUAUUGUUUGUAAAUUGUUGGUUAAACUAUUUAAUUCUACCAUGUGCUUCAAAGCUUUAGAAAAAAUGUAUGUUCUCGAUAAAAGUUAUUAUGAUCAUAUAAAAUAUAUUCAUAGAGAAAUGAUUGCCCCAAGUUUGAGACAAACAAGCAGUUUAGAAAUUCAUUACGAAAUGUAACUCCCACCCCUUUCAUGACUCGAAAUGAUACUUUUGCAAAUGAACAAGAUGCAAUAAUUUAUGUUUUUCUUUUGGCGUUUUCCUUUUUCACCUAGAUUCCAUGUUUCCUUUAAUCUCAUUUCUUUUCAUAUCCCUUCUCUUCUCCCUUCCUUUCCUAUUUAGUUCUCUUGUCCUUAGUAUGGCUGUAUCAGACUGUGUAGUGUCUGUAUACAAUGUUUUGCUUGUACCCUCGUCGGUUUUGCUUUUGUUCGACUCUAUAAUUUCACUUUAUGUUUCCCAGUCUGAUAUUGUACAUUUUCUGUGGACAUUCCUGUGCUACCUUUGAUAUUAAACAUAAUAACAUUGUUCUUUUCAAUGUAAGACAAUAUAUACGGUUAGAGUCAGGUACUCAGCUGUGCAAAUCAGAAUGCUAUGCAAAUGUUUGCUGAGAGCAUAAAGGGCCUUAACUCGCAUCAAAUACAAUUAAGCUCACGCCCUUAUGUUUCUCAACAGAUCAAAUAGUUUCAUUUUAGUAGACGUGCUCUUGUGGAAGUUAAUAUAUGUUUCUUGUAAUGUACCUCAAAACCAGAACUUUGGCAUUCUGAAACUUCACA